CCGGGCGGCGCUUCCCCCGCCUCCCCCCUCCUCCGCAGCGGGAGCGGAGAGCAGCCUCCGCCCGAGGCGCCCGGCAUCGCCGGGGCCGCUCGCCGAGGCGCUCCGCGCGCGGGCGGCCGCCCAGCCAGGACGUCGCCGCCGCCGAUGGCCGCCCCGCUGCCCGAUGUGGAGCGCGGCGCGGGGCGGGCGGCGGAGCCCGCGGGAGGCGGCGGCCCCCGCGGCGCGGCGGGCUCCCUCUGCCCGCUUCCCCGGCAACCCGGGGGCGACCCGCCGCCCUCGCCCCCCGACAGGAGAAAAAAGAAAGAUGACAAUAUUUUGGAGAUCCCAUCAAUUCCAAAUCCUUUUCCCGAGCUGUGUUGCUCUCCGUUUACAUCAGUUUUGUCAGCCAGUCUGUUGCCCAAGGCAACUUCAAGAAAAAAGCAGGUAAUUAAAGUGUAUAGUGAAGAUGACACUAGCAGAGCUUUGGAAGUACCAAGUGAUAUAACAGCCAGGGAUGUAUGUCAGCUGUUGAUAUUGAAGAACCACUAUAUUGAUGACCACAGCUGGACUCUGUUUGAACAACUUACCCACACAGGUUUAGGAAGAGGUAUAGAGGACCAUGAAUUAGUGAUGGAAGUCCAGUCAAAUUGGGUAGUGGAAGAGGAAAACAAACUGUAUUUUAGAAAAAAUUAUGCCAAGUAUGAGUUUUUUAAAAACCCACUGGGCUUUUUUCCAGAUCAUAUGAUAUCAUUUCCAACUGAGGCCAAUGCAGCUGUAAGCCACUCUGGGAUAUUACAGAUGUUCCUAAGCUCCAGCACGUAUCCUGAGAUUCAUGGUUAUUUGCAUGCAAAGGAGCAGGGGAAAAAAUCGUGGAAAAAAUUGUACUUUCUUUUGAGAAGAUCUGGCCUUUAUUUUUCCACUAAAGGAACAUCUAAGGAGCCAAGGCAUCUGCAGUUUUUCUGUGAAUUCAGCAAUAGUGAUAUGUACAUGUCUUUGACAGGCAAAAAGAUUUCUGGAGCACCAACAAACUAUGGAUUCUGCUUUAAGCCUAACAAAUCAGGAGGAACCAGAGACCUGAAACAGCUCUGUGCGGAUGAUGAACAAAGUAGGACCUGUUGGAUGACAGCAAUUAGGUUGCUUAAGUAUGGGAUGCAGCUGUAUCAGAAUUACAUGCAACCAUAUCAAGGUAGAAGUGGCUGCAGCCCUUUGAAUAUAACACCUAUGAGAAGCAUUUCAGAAAAUUCUUUAGUAGCAAUGGAUUUCUCAGGACACAGAAGCAGAAUUAUAGAAAAUCCAACGGAAGCCCUUUCAGUUGCAGUUGAAGAAGGAUUAGCAUGGCGGAGGAGAGGGUGUCUACGGCUCAACUCACAUGGUAGUCCUGUUGCCAUGUCUAACAUGGCUAUACACAGAUCUCAGUCAUGGUUUCAUCAUAAAAUCUCUAGAGAAGAAGCUCAGAGACUUAUUUUGCAGCAUGGACUUGUAGAUGGGGUAUUCCUGGUACGUGAUAGCCAAAGUAACCCCAAAACAUUUGUAUUGUCACUGAGUCACGGAUUAAAAAUAAAGCAUUUUCAAAUUGUACCAUUGGAAGAUGAUGGGAAGCUAUUCUAUACCCUUGAUGAUGGUCAUACCAGAUUUACUGAUCUCAUCCAGCUAGUGGAAUUCUACCAACUUAAUAAAGGAGUACUGCCUUGCAAGUUAAAGCACUAUUGUGCACGAAUUGCUCUUUAACCAAAGCAUCUGUUGUUUUAUCAGAGGGAAAGGAAGAUACUAGAAUACUUUUUCCCCUGAAGGCAAUUUGUAGAGUAAGAAGGGAAAAAGCAUUACAUUGUAAAGAUUCUAUGUUUUAGCUGCAAAAAAAACUUUAUAUAGGUAAGAACUUUGCAUUGUGAUUGGCACAGCAAAAUUAACUUUAUGGUUUUAAAAAAACAUUCUUUCCUUUGUAAUUCUUUAGUGUUGUCUUGGACUUCGGGUUUUUUUCAGCUGAAAACAAUUUUUAAAAAACUAAUAUUGUGUAACUUCUACAAAAAUGUAACUGAAGGGAAGAUCUUUGUUAGUUUUAAAAUGAACUUCUUGUCUCUUCAAAUGUCUCUCAUGAUUUCUGUUCAUCACAUAGAACAAUAACAUUUACUGUGGUGAGGAUAAGAAGCUGAAUUGCACAUUUUAUUUGUAAAUAAAAUGAAUAAAUAUUUUGCACUAUAUUUUUGAAUGCUACUUUGCGGAUUAUCAUACAAAAAGUGAAAAAUCAUUAAAACUACUUAU